AUGUCUGGACGCCAGGUGAGCCGUUCCAACACUUACAGCUGUUUGAGCCAUCCCAACAAUGUGUACUUUCCAGCCCGAACUCCAGGCUGGCCCCAAUGCCCCAGGCUGAAUGGGGUUAACAGCCUCAAGCGUCCCCGCAUCCCUAAUGGGAAUGGCUCGGAGCUCAGCAGCUACAGAGGCCACUUGGAGCAGCCUUUCAACCCCGGCUCCCCCAGACUUCCACUGCAGAGAAUCUGCAUGGGCCGGCCCUACAACUCCAAGUGCGUAGAGACAAGUCAUCUGGUGAACAACCCCAAGGUGGCCAGAAAGCCUGCUUGUCAUGGCAGCCCCCACUGCCUGCUCUGUACAGACCGUCCCUCAGACCCCUCCAGCCUCACUUUCCUGGACCACAUCAUCAAAGGCAUCAAUUACCUAGACCGAUCUGCCAGUGCCUUCUGCAACAACUACCACAAAACCUCACUAAGCCUGCCGAGGCGUACAGCCAACUAUCUGGAACGAGCCACCAACUCCCUCAACCUGGACAACCUGGACCCCUGUAGGCCCCACAGUUACUCCAUCCCCAGAGCCAAUGUGGCUACCCCUGACAAGUCCACCAACAGCACCUGUAUGGUGACAUCCACCAGGGGUGCCAGUGCUUUGGAGUGCCUGGAUGACCCUACCAACACAAGUUGCCUGCGCCGGCCUCAGUGCCAGAACCUCAACCCCACGCUGCCACAGAGGCCAGGUGUAAAGUUGCCUGAGAUCCCCUUGUUCAGCAAUGGGCUCUUUUCCUUAGGAAGUCUGCCCAAGUUCUGGGAAGCAAUACGCUCAGGCUGGAGAGCCCCUGAACCCAUCUCCAAACCCUCUAGCUGGUGGUGA